AUGUCUUCCUUCGUCAUGUCUUUCGUCAACAACGACACGGUCACCAUCAACAGGCACGGUCGGGAGAGCACCUUCAACAAAACCAUGCUCCACGACAUGCUCCUCCUCCGCUCUCCAGAGGACGAAGAAGCCCACCUGCGCUACUCCACCCUCCGCACCGUCUUCGAUGACCCCGCCAAGUCCCUGGCCAUCCUCGCCAACCUCUCCGACAGCCCCCACACCACGGUCGGGGUCAUCAUCGGCGCCCUCCUCAGUCACCUCGAGGACACCGACACCCGCAUCCGCAAAGUCAACAGCAGCAACUACGAUGCGGUUGUCAACGCCAAGUUCAAGACCAUCCAGGACCUCUGGCACAUCAAACAGGGGUUCAUCAGAAUCCUCUCGGCGUUCGACAUCGAACAUUUCAUCGACCAACUCGACAACCAGCGCAUCGGGGCGGCAACCAGGGUCCUCAACGGCCCUCGCAACCGCACCAUCAACCUGGCUCCCAGGCCAGCCGAACCAAGGCGCCAACACACUGGUAGGGGUAUUCACACCCACCAUCGCAACGACAACGCUAAUUCAAAUUCAUCCUACUUCCCAGUGCCUCGCCAUAUCCCCGCCGAGAUCCGUCCUUGUCAACCCCGAGCCAGGACCCCCUACCCUUUCCCUCGCCCGGUAUCAGUACUUAAGUGCUGGUUCUGCAAGAAGGAAGGACAUCGGCAGCGCUACUGCCCGGACCGCCUCUGCCGCAAGUGCUGGCGCAUGGCACCUGGGCACAGGACCGCCAACUACCCCGAGCAUAACCGACCUCGCCGGGUCUAUCCCACCACCGACGAGCCGGCAACCCCCGCAGGAUGGGGGACGGAGGAAGGGGGUGACCCGUGGUCCCCGGAGAGGGUGGCGGCAUCAGGGUGGAAUGCAGGGGAGGAUGAUCAGGACAGGAGUUGGCAGACCCCGGGGGAGGAGAUCGUCAUGCCGGGGAGUGGAACCAGUACGCGCCCCACUCGCCGCUGGAACCGCACCUGUCACAGCGCUGCUGACCAAGUUGCCAUGGACAACGCAGUCAACGAGGUCGGCGACAUGGUCAACAACUUUGAAGUAUGGUCAGCAGUCGAAGGAAGGGAGGAGAAUCGGGACAAGUCGGCGCUUGCGAUGAUCUGGGGGGAGAUUAGCAAGAGUUUCGAUCAGUGGCGCGAGGAGUUGGCAAGGCAGGAGUCGGAGAGGGAACUUCGGUAUGUGGAUGACGUGGUUAUGGUUCCCAAGGAACCCGAGGUCGCGGCUUACGAGAUAGUUGAUGACGAGGACAUGCCCGAGUUAGAAGCAUGUGAGUAG